AUGCCGUCCCUGACCUCCAUGGCCGAGUGUAUCCUCGCUCGGGCGAAGAAGCUCGACGCUUACCCCGAGGCGCAGAAUAUCGCCUACCCAUCGUUCGAUGACGACACGCUCGACCAGCUACCGGACGAGCUCCAGGAUGAGCGCUGGGCGCUCGCCAACGAGUUGAAGCAAUUGAGCCGAGGCGCCGCGCAGACCACCUUGGACUGUGCACUCAGCGCAGUGGACCGACGCCCUUGCCCUUCGCGUUGCGUAUCGUUACAACCUGGCAGACACCGUACCCUGGGCAGCACCGCCUCCUAUGGCGAGAUCGCCGCAGCGUCCGGCCUCAAGGAGGACCUCUGUCGACGUUUCCCUCGCCUGGGCAUGGGCAGCCACUUCUUCGUCGAAGACUCGGAUACGAAGCGUGUGCGGCAUACUGCGUCUUCUCGACGCCUAGCUACGGAUCGGAGCUUCUCCGAUGCCGUUGGCCUUGAGAUAGAUGAACUCGGACCCGCGUCGUCGAAGUUGACCCAGGUGUGGGACAAGCACGGACAGGAAGCGGGUGAGCCCAACCAAUCUGCCUUUUGCAUGUUCAAUGAGACCGAGAGGCUAAUCUUUGCUUUCCUUGCAAGCCAACCCGAGAGGACGCAGCGCUUUGGCGGAGCCAUGGGUUUCUUCACCAAAGGCGAAACCUGGGAUGCGCGACAAAUGUUGGCGUCGUUCGACUGGCCGUCCAUUGACCAGCCCGGCGCACAGGUCGUCGACAUAGGGGGUGGCAACGGCCAGAUAAGCCAGUACCUUGCGUUUCACACAGAACACGUGCAUUAUGUUGUCCAAGACCUUGCCCACGUGGUAUCGCAAGCGCCCUCGCAGCUGCCCGGCCACCUCAAGGUCCGCAUCGAAUUUGUCCAGCACGACUUCUUCACCCCUCAGACCAUGGAACCACCGCCGGCCGCGUUCAUCAUGCGUUACAUCCUGCACAACUGGGCUGAGAAGCACGCAAUCCAUAUCCUGCAAAACUUGGUACCGGCUAUGUCCAAGGGUACGAAGUUGCUCAUAUACGAAUACGUGCUUCCGGACCAGCCCGUGACCGACCUCACGGGCCGCUUUGGCUUCCAGAUGGAUGCCAUCAUGGCGACCAUCUUUAACGCACAGGAGCGCACUGCUGUCGAGUACGAGCGGCUUUUGAAAGGGGCAGACCCGCGGUACGAAGUAGAGGCUGUGUGCCGCCCCGAAGGCAGCACUAUGAGUAUCAUAGUGGUGGGCUGGACGGGCUCCGACAGGCGGCCGACCAAGGAUGACAAUGCGUCUAUCAAGCCCAAGUCAGGUCAGAUCAAGGUCCAGACGGAAUGGCAGAUUACGAGAAACUAG